AUUCGUCGCAUUUCUUUCCUCAUGCCUUAGGCGAGUGAGUUCCGUUGAGUUUCUUUCGGCGGUUCCGGCUCGAUCGAUUCAUUGCAACAGUUUCGGACCACGCUCGGAAAUGUGGCGAGGACAUGACAGGACAGGAACGGCGCUAUUGAGCUGAGGCGAGCUCCAGUCAGCCACUGAUUCUUGGCGCAGGGGGAGUAAAUCUCUCUGAUGGAUCGAUCUAGCAAUUGAGCGGUGGAAGGAGGGAUCCGAAUCUGGACGAGCGAUUGGGAGGCAUGAGUAAUGAGUGAUUAAGGGAGUGUGGUUUCCGGAGGGACGAUGAAGGGAUGAUGGAUACUGGGAGGUCGGAGACAGGAGUAGGAGGCGGUACGAGAAGGAGGAGAAGGAGGAAUGACGGGGGAGGAGAAGGUGCUGAGGAGCAGCUUGAGUAUGAGUGGUAGGAGCAGAACUGGAGUAGGAGGGGGAGGACAGGCAGGCUCAGGAGCGGGAGUGGUUACCGGUUCUGGAUACAUGGCGCACGGCGGUGACGGGAAAAGGCGAUGUUCGUACAAGAGGGCCACGGCCUUGAUAUGCGCGGUUAAUGUUGUAGCAGCGCUGUAUGUGCUGCACGGGCUUUUCAGUCCUCGUUACAAUCAAAUUCCCCACAGCGUCCCACUCGCCCGCUUGAAGACCCCCCUCCGAAAUGGUACUGCGCCGUUGGUCAUGAAGUAUACGAAAGAAGAAGUCCAGAGAAUAAAAGAAGCUCAUGAGGCACGGCGCGCAGCGGAACCACUCGAUCUUAUGAGAAGGGUGAAGGAAAUACAACUGGAGUCUGUAAAAGAAGCCGCAAAAGACAAGGAAGCAGAAACCACCAAGCAGAAGGUUGCUGCCGAUCUUGCUCAAAGGCUACGAGAGUUGAGAGGAAAUACCAAUCCCCACAGUCAACAAGAAGCGUUAGACGAAUGGCGCAAGAAGAAAAUUGAAGAAGCCAGAAAGCGAGAGUCUGAAGCGAGAGACAAGGAGGACACAGAUGAAAAUGCCAAAAUUGAAGCGCAAGAAGAGGAGGUGGUUGCCAAGACCUUGGAGCUUGGCUGGGGCCCUUUGCUGGAAGCAGCUGGUUUGACACUUCCUGAAGAAACGGUGGCUGAGAAACAGGAAGGUGGAAAGCUACUUUUGAAGGGACCUGAGAUUGAGGACGGUAUAAUUCCGGGUAGAGCAGUGCCACCUGUAUGCAAUGCAGAACCUCACACUGACUACGAUGGGAUUGCAGUAAGGUGGGGCUUGACACAUCACACAGAAAGUGCCGCAGAUUGUUGUCAAGCUUGUUUAGACCAAGCCAAAGCUGCCAAAGAUGGCGAGAUGAAGUGUAAUGUCUGGGUGUACUGUCCGUCCGAGGAAGGUUGCUUUUCACCAGACAUAUAUGAGCACAAGCAAUUCGAGUGCUGGCUCAAGCAGGCGGAAAAGCCAAACCUCAACUUUAAGGGACGAUACUCCGAUGAAUAUCGACGGGUUCACCCAACUUGUCCCCGUGUGGUCCCCUGGGUCUCGGGUGUAACGGGUGUAGUUAAAUAAUGAGAUUCGCGAUCAGAACAUUUUUGUACCUCAGCCUCGGGAACUGAAGUGAAACCCCGCGAAUCAAGCAAGGGUAGGGAGAUAACUCAUCUGUACACAGCAUCAUUUUUUGCCUGCCUUUUACUCCCAUUCGAGUUUAGCUGAAGGGAAGGUAUAGUUUUAGCGAAAGCAUGACGAACCCAAUUUUCAAGAGGUGUCUGAUAUGUUUUCUGAGUCCAUCUGAAGAUGAGCUCCUCUGGCAGACGUCUUUUUGAGACGAAACUCUUGUUGUAAAGUCAUUCUGUUAGAACUACUUAGGUUUGUAUUUCUCGCAUCGAAGGAGGAAGCUCUAGAGAGCUCCGGGCUGGUGGAGAAUCCCCUGGGUAAUAUCUAAUAAAAGCCGCGUCUCAAGUCGUGUUGCAAGGACAUCAUUUACGUAAAAAAUUUUGGACUUGCGAUAUCGACUUGGU